AUGAAACAAUUACGGAGCAGGGUCACUAAGCGCAUGACAGUUAAAAGGAGGUUACACUACAAGAAGUUCUCCCACAAGAACACACUCCCGAUCGUCGCACUUCUAGGUGGCUGUUCAAUCGAACUCAACCAGAUAGGCCUACCACAUUGGCUGGUGGCCGAUGCCGUCAUCUUCCAAUUGAACCUAGAACGGGCAUUUAUGGUCACCUCGCGCUUAAUAGAGCUAUGUGGGCUCACAGGUUACACAAGCGAUGUUGAAGAGGAUAUUCUGGAGUGGAACGCGGGAAGUGCUGGAUUGUCGGCGGAGCGGCGUAAUCCAUUGUUUUGUAUCUUGCCACAUGUUCCUGCUUCAUAUCGUGGUUCUCCGUGGUUUUCUUUCCCAACACAUUUAGACUACGAUCAAACGCAUGUCUCCUUUAGAAUUAGAUCCGCUACUGGCCAUACAAUUGAUAGUCAUAGAACUGAGUGAUGCAGAGCACAAGAUAUACUCUAACGAGUUGGUUUGCCUAAGUGAAUAAAGGAAACCAACAGGACAUUGUCAGACGAGCUUAACUGGCGAUAUUCACUUGGGCACGGCUCACGCUCCGAUGCUCAUUUGUAACUCAUAGAUCAUUAGCAAUGAAACCGCGUGCUCAAUUUUGCAUAUUGAAAGCUCGAACAGAAGAAAUACACUUCAGAUAUCGAAAG